CUAUUAUAAAGUUAUUUUUAGAACUGUCAUUUUCUGCCCUACUGUUAUCUCAGUCAAUUUUUUAUAAUAUUUUAUAUUAAAAUUAUUAAACAAAAUGACUUCUUGUUUAGAAAAUAUACAAAUUCCACCUUGUAUAUGGUUUGAAAGUGAAGAAAAAAGAAAUGCCGUAGUUUCAAUGAUUGCAGGAGUCUUGUUUUUUACAGGAUGGUGGAUUAUUAUUGAUGCUAAUGCAAAAUUCCCGUCUGAACUGAAUGGAGCUUAUCAUUUAUGUGGAAUAUUUGGAACGUUAUCUUUUUUUAUGGUCAAUUCAGUAACGAAUGCUCAAAUGAGAGGAGAUAAUUACAAUGGUGGCUGCUUAGGUACAAGAGGAGCAAGAGGUUGGCUUCUUAUUGGAUUUGCAAUGGGAUUUGCUGCAGUUAUUGCAGCUUGUUGGAUUUUAUUCGCAAAUUAUGUUACAAUUGGUGACAAACAUAAUUGGCCUGGAGUAGGUCUAUUUUUACAAAACGUGUUCAUUUUCUUGGGUUCAUUGACCUUUAAAUUUGGCCGCACUGAAGACAAUUGGAAUUAAUUUUCUUUUACCUUGUUAAAUGUUUAGCAAUAAAAAUUAUUAUAUAAAUGACUUAAUUAAAUUUUGUACUUCUAAGUUUAUAAAAUAAUAAUAAUAAUAAUAUACUAAAAUUGCGUACAUAUA